CACUUUUGGUUCUCCGUUUCAACAGGUUUCUCUUAUUCUGGCAUACCCAGAACGAACUCUCCUCAGUCUCUCCAUCCAAAUACUGAGUUCUCCUUUCGUUUCUAGUCCGAGCUUCUCUUCGUUUGAGAUUGGCCUUCCUGUUCCUGCCUCCAAUGGCAGCUUCUCCCAAACAGACAAAUGAAAGUUCACAUCCAUACGACGCACUCCCGAAUGACCAGGACUUCGACUCAACGAUAUCUGAUGCGAAGUUCACUGCUGAUACCAGAACCGAUUUCUACGACCGCAGUCUGACGAGUCGCAGAAAUGCCCUUGUUGGAGUGGCAUGCUCAAUUAUCCUCAGCUGCUCAUGCAUCGUUGCAGGCAUUGUCACUUUAGCCAAUACCGGAGUCUUCGGAACGACCAACGUGAUCAUCAAGCCCACAGCGAAUCCAGGUGUUAAUGUGAUGCCCCUGCAGGCGGACAUAAUGACCCUGGUACUUGACUUAAUCGUCACGUUAUGCACCGAGUCCACAGGCCUCGUACAUGGUAUCUCAUUACGCUCUGCACUAGCCUCAGAGUCUCGACUUCAUUUCAACACCAAUCUGCGUCUUCUGACUGCGGCUCGUGGAUGGUAUAACCCUAACGGCACCCUAUUUAAUGGUAUCUCGGCUGUCCUCCUCAUUAUAUCCUACAGCUCGGCUCCAUUCGUUUUAUGUUUGAACUAUUAUUUGACACAUGAGGGUCUUUCCAUCGCAGGGUUACCUCUCCUCAUUUUGGGCGUCGCACUCCUCCUCCAGGUGAUGAUCGCAUUGUCAGCGAUGCGGGCUGUCAAAAUAUUGACGUGGAGCUCCUCACCUUUCGACUUGACCGCCGCACUGGUCCACCACACGCAAUUGACCCCUGCUACUUUGCGGUGCAUGCGUUGUGUGUCUGACCUAGACACCGAUGGAGGUCCAGCGAAGCCAUCAGAGAUACAGCCCUCGGCGUGGCAUGCUCACCCUAGCAUCCGGAAAGUUGUCAUUUAUCUCUGGGCGACCGUUGCAGUAUGCGCUGGAUGGGCCGCACUCGUCACAUAUAUAUCGCACAAGCUCCCCUACGACAUCCCGAUGACCACAAAAACGUGGUCGUUCUUGCCGAAUGAGUCGUCCAGUUACAUCGUGUAUUCUAUUCCAGGUGUCAAACUUAAGGUGUGGAUUUUGCUCUUCGUCAACUUAGCAGUUGUCCAGGGACCGUUGACACUUGGGUUGCAUUGCUCGGAGCUCAUCGCGAAUGUCAUUCGGGACGAAAGACAGUGGAGAUGCGCUACCGGAAUAAAAGGACUUAGAACGGCGACGAACCCAGUGAAGACAACUUUCACUUACUCGAGUUGUCUCAUACUUUUCGUUGCGAAGCCUUUCCUGCACUGGAUGUUUGGGUAUUCAUUGAGGAUAUCCGGUCACUCCACCUCUGAGGAGGUAACUUUCGCGGUAGUCAUGUUCACUGCCCAGAUCUGGAACUUAUGCAUAGCGCUAUUUAUAUUUACCUGUUUCUUCACUUUCGUCGCACUGCGCCGACCGCGCGGUCCCCAGCCAGCUGCAUACGGCCACCUCCAGACGCUCGCCAACCUCGUGGACGAGUGGUCGCCUGUGAUGUGGUGGGGACAUAAGGAGGACGGAAUUCCGUACUGUCAUGCUGGGACGAGCGAUCACCCGCUGCCGGAUGUGAAGAUGGACUACGUUUAUGCUGGUUCUGGUGCUGGGUCUCUGGUACCCCUCUCGUGAGAGGUACUUACUUUACUUUUUUAAAGAGCAUUUCUUGGUUUCUCUUUUUAAACAGAGCUAUAUCUAU